AUGGACAAGGAAGUAGAUUUAGGAAGAAUAGCUGGUCCUUUCAGUUCACCACCUUUUCCAAAUCUUAAAGUUUCACCUAUAGGUCUAGUCCCUAAAUCUGACGGAGGUUGGCGUUUAAUACAACAUUUAUCUUACCUGAAAGACCAUAGUAUAAAUGAUGGUAUUGAUGAUAAAUAUUGUUCAGUAAAAUAUACCUCUUUUGACAAAGUUGCAAAUAUGAUAUUUACAUUAGGUAGAGGGGCACAGAUAGCAAAACGUGAUAUCAAGUCGGCUUUUCGCCUCUUGCCCAUUCAUCCUGACGAUUUCCAUUUACUCGGUAUGAAGGUUGGGAAAAGCUAUUAUUUUGAUAGGAUGCUACCAAUAGGUUGUGCUCGGUCUUGUAGUUUAUUUGAAACAUUUUCUUCUUUCUUGCACUGGCUAAUAGAGUAUUUAACAGGUAUCAACUCACUUGAUCAUUAUCUUGAUGAUUUCAUUUUUGGGUCGGAAAAGUCAUCAGGCAGUUGCAUGGUACUUAUAGACUGUGUUGAACGUGUUUACACUGAACUAGGUGUACCCAUUGCACAUGAGAAGUCCGUGGGUCCUACUACAGUGUUAACAUUUUUAGGACUUGAUAUUGAUACGGUAGCUAUGACGAUAAGGGUCCCGGCCGGAAAAAUUCAGGAGCUUACCAAUUUGUUGCGUCAACUGUUAUGUAAGAAGAAAAUUUCAUUAUUACAACUGCAAUCUCUGGUUGGGAAGCUUAAUUUCUUCAGUCGUAGGGUAGUAGAGCAUUUUUAUGGCGUUUUUAUCAGGCCAUGCAUGGGUUGA